AUGACUCAAGAUAGUAAAAGAGUUGCCGUUGUUGAAGAUAGAAUCAGUGUUCUACCAAGUAAUGUUAUAGAUCAUAUCCUUGAGCUCUUGAUGGUUCAUGACGCUGCAAGAACUAGUAUUUUGUCCAAAAAUUGGAGAUAUAUUUGGGCCAAGCUUCCCAAUUUGGUGCUUGAUAAGCAAUUCUGCAUGAAAUUAGCUAAAAAAUCUCACAAUGUCUUCAAAGAAACAAUAGAUAUGAUUCUCUUACAACACAUUGGAGAUAUUGUAAAGUUUCAUCUUGAUGUUUCAGGAUUACAUUUGUCUACAUAUGCAGAUAUCGAUAGAUGGAUGCUUUAUGUCACCAGAAAUGGUGUCAAGAAGCUAAAGCUUAAAAUGACAGAAGAUGAAAAUUACGAACAAACUUCUUAUAUAUUUAAUUGUCCAACGCUGACACAUUUGAAACUCUUCAACUGUUUCUUCAAAUUACCAGAUUCUUUUCUUGGCUUUCAAACUCUUACUGUCCUUCAGUUUGAAUCAAUAAUCUUUGUUCCUGAAAUAGAGUUUUGUACUAUCAAUGUGCCCCUUCUUGUCAAACUAACCAUAGAACUCUGUUAUGGUACUGAAUACCUCAACAUUGUGUUCUCAUCGGAGUUGAAGUCCUUGGUUAUUGUUGACAGUUGCUAUAUAGAAACUGCUUUAAGAACUCUCGCCUACCCUCGAGACACUUUGUUUGGGUGCAAUCCCAAAGGGGCUUCAUGUACACUCAACUGCUUGUGGCGUCUUUUUAUAUGUGUAAACUUCAAUGAAAUUGGUCAGACUUCUUACACUCUGGAGUUGAUUAAAAGCUCCCCCAAUUUGAGUAAACUUGAGAUUUGGGACUAUGCUACCGGUGACACUGCUGAAGAAGUUAUGAAAUAUCUAGACACACCAGCAUGUUUGGACAAAACCCUCAACCAGCUUGAAGAUGUUUCCAUCUAUUCCUUUAACUAUUCUAAUGUUGUACUAUCUUUUGUAAAAUUAUUGUUUGCUCAUGCUCCAUCUUUGUCAAGGAUGAUAAUCCAUCCGGAUAAAGCUUCUAGCUCCGAAGAAGAAUUGAAUGUUGCCAAAGAGCUGAUGCGUUUCACCAGAGCAUCUCCUAAGGCAGAGCUAAUCUAUCGACAAAAUUAUGAGUUGGAUUAA